AUGAACUUUCUGUCCCGGAGGAAUAAUCCCAGCCCGUAUCCCAUGUCGACCGCCAGAGACACUCUGGAUGGACAGAACGGGAGAGAGCACCACCCACGAGAGCUACAGUUCGCUUACCCUGCACAUGACUCUAGAAUCAACAGGUCUCACUUAGGCAACCGGUUUCUUGAUGUGGAAUGCCAACUUGACGUCCCAGUCACGCCGUUGUUCACAUUUGAAAAGGCGCCGGUCAGCGAGAUGUCCGCAGUUUCCGGCCACUCUUGGGGCACUUCCUCCAUGUUCCACAAUAAAAGAAGAAAGACAUCAAAACAGUCAUCAUCAAUUCCAUACACCUGGGCUGAGACUGAGGUCGACCCCACGGAACAAAGCGAUGCCCUCGAACAACACCUGCUGAGCCUGCUGCAUGUCGGGGUAUAUCCCCAAGCGCUAUGCUCUAAUAUCACAAAUACUGUCUCGGGGAGACGGUAUUGGAGUCUCGCUGAAUUAUGGGAAUUGUUGAAGGAGAGAAAGGCAUCAUGGUCAAACGAAGCCGGCAACAAAAAGCGAACUUCACCCGAAGCCAACAUGGGGCAGGUAGCUGCAUCCGAAGCCGUUCCACAGGAGAUUCCCGAGAUCGUUGCAUCAGACACAUUGGAUCUUGCCAAUGUCAGCAGUGUACAAAAUGAAAUAUCCGAACAAUCCCCAGAUUCGAAUGUCGCUUGUGAAACGGUCCGCAGUGUGAAUAACAGACCACAACAACAACCUCCAAUUCUCGAGCAACAACAAGACCGACCAUGUCAAGCUUCAGAUAGACCGGACUGUCUAAACCACCAAGUUGCCAUGAUAUCAAACAUCCCAGAUCGUUUCAUAGAUAUCUGGGGUGAAGAUCAGUGCGAGCCUUUCUCUCACGAAUCGGGAGAGCAUGCAGUAUUGUUUCCCGCAUUUGCACCGGAGGUCAAACAGCCGCAUAUAUCUGACAUUGAAUUUUAUGAGCUAGAUCGAGUUGAUGAUGAUGAUGAGUUCUAUCGCACGCUGGAUGCUGCUUACUGCGCCAUCGUUCGCCCUGAGGUUGCGGCAGGAGUUGCAUCAAACUUACAGCGGUCACUUGAAUCCCCCGAACUUGGCAAUAAUAUUCCGAAUAGUCCAGAAUCGACUGGCAUUCGAGACUAUGAUAUUCCUACCCGACAAGCAGAAGCAGGAGAACUAGAACAUCUCGCAACGGUCUCCCAGGAUAUCAUAGAAGAGCGGUAUGAUGAGUGGCCAGCGAAGCCUUCUCAUCAAAACAAACCACCCACGAGUCAUUCGAACUAUCCUGGUGUUGACCCAAACAAUGAUAUGCCAUGGCUCACUACUGGAUACGGCAAGCCACUAACUGGGAACGACGCGCAACAGAGUCAGCACCCAGAAAUACCUGACUUCUGGCGACAGAACAAACUCUACUGA